CUUCUUCUGGCUUCAAAUUGGCUCUGCUUUUCUUGUUGCGAUGACCUCGGAUGUGUCAUGUUCCUGUCCAAUAAUCCUCUGUAAUUCAGUUGAUUAUUAAGUGCUUGUCUGACUUCAUGGGAAGGUAGUGUGGGAAUUUUGUGUUCUGGGGUUUGCUUAAUCGUGGGGUUCAAGCUGAUUAAUUGAUUGUGCAAUCAGUGUUUGUCCCCAGAUAUUGAAAAUUAUGGGCAGCUUGGUAUUCUGUUCUCUUCCUAUGUUGGGACAAGGUUGCUGUUUCAUAGUUCUGGCAGAGUAUCCUGAGGGAAACGAACGGAAAUGCUUGAGAGGGAUAGAAAAUGUCUGCUGUUUUCAUUUUUUCAUCCUGGAAAAUGAGAAAAAUGUAAGGUGACUUUUCUUUUUUGGGUGACACCACGACGCAUGCUCUAUCUACUGGCUGAGAUUAAUUUCACACCCGCAUAUGAGAACUGUUAUUUUGUGUUCUGAACAGUGGGGAGAAGAUAUUUAGCCCAAAAAAAAAAAGCAGUGGGGAGGGGAGAUUGAAUUAUAAGUUUACACUUCAAAAUAGAAGUAUUAAAGACUCUUUGGCAUACUGAAGUCGAAAAUGCAGCUUCUAUAUUUUGGUCUACCAUGAAGAUUUCCAAUCUAGAGCUAUUCAUUGUUCGUUUUGAACUCCUCAUAACCUCAAACCUUUUGACAGCGUUAGACAUUGUUUCAUACAUCUAAUGUGAUUUUACAGAUGCCCAUUUUAUCAGCACAGAACGAAGCAAUAGCUGUUUCGAUGAGGUUUGAGUUAUUAAUCAUUGGCUUUGAAGUGAUUUGGAGAAAAUAUUUUGUUUAGAAGUAACAUGGGAAUUAUAUCGUCAGUAAUCAGUAUUACUGUCUCAUAUGAAGUGUCUGAUAGUUCUAGGCUACAAUGAUAGAGGUCUAAGCAUCAAAUCCUACUUUUUAGAAGAAUAUUUUGUUGCUGCUCUUGCCUUCUUUUUUUUUUUUUUUUGUUAUUGGGUGAAACGGAACUACAAGAAAUGCUCAUGGCAAAAAGUUUGCCUUGCUUUUUGUUAUUUGGUUACAUGGCUCUGCAAGAAAUGCUUAUAGUGAAUAGAUUUUGCCUUCAUGAUUGUAUAAUAAGUCUUAUACAACAUCGGAUGAAUUGGCUGGGAACUUUCAGCAGACGCAUUUUACAAGACUAGAUAUGGCUGAUCUUGGUUGUCUCAUCUGACUAUUAGAUCAGGUAAUAAUGUCUAAAGGUGCAAGCAUGGAAGAAGGACAAUCAGAACCUUCUCCUUCUACUUCCCGUUCACAUUCUCCCUUUUGGGCUCGAGUCAUCACCCUCAGGACAACCUUAUGGGAAGGGUACAAGAGCAAACCAAUGUCCCACUGGAUCCUCCUCCUCCUAAGCUCCCUAUCUAUGCUUGUGGCGUUCCCCGCCUCUUCCCUCCUCUCCCGUGUCUACUACUCCGAUGGUGGCACGAGCAAGUGGAUCAUCUCAUGGGUGGCUGUUGCUGGGUGGCCGAUAUCUGCCCUAAUCUUGCUGCCAACCUACUUCGUCUGUAAAACUUCCCCGACCCCUUUAACGUUAAAGCUCACAACCUCCUAUGUUUUGCUGGGUUUCUUGAGUGCGGCUGAUAAUCUCAUGUAUGCCUAUGCAUAUGCUUAUCUGCCAGCCUCUACGGCCUCUCUCCUCGCUUCUUCAUCCCUGGUUUUCUCUGCCCUGUUUGGGUAUCUCAUUGCCAAGAACAAGCUAAAUGCAUCAAUGGUCAAUGGGAUCAUUAUUAUAACAGCAGCAAUGGCUAUAAUAGCCCUGGAUUCAAGCUCUGACCGAUAUGGGAAUGUAACUUCCAGUCAGUACAUCCUAGGAUUUUUUUGGGACAUUAUGGGGUCUGCACUGCACGGGCUAAUUUUCGCACUCUCAGAGCUCGUCUUUAUCAAGCUCGUUGGUCGGCUUUCCUUCCAUGUUGUAUUAGAGCAACAAGCUAUGGUCUCAUUCUUUGCCUUCAUAUUUACAACCAUUGGACUCCUUAUAAACCGAGAUUUCCAGGGGAUGGUCCAUGAGGCAGAGACUUUCAAGGACGGGAAGAGCUCGUACAAACAAGUACUAAUAUGGGGCGCCAUAACUUUUCAACUAGGAGUGCUCGGUGCAACGGCCGUUCUGUUUCUGUCCUCAACAGUUCUGGCAGGAGUGCUGAAUGCAGUUAGGGUUCCUCUCACGAGCAUUGCAGCAGUUAUAUUGUUGCAUGACCCGAUGAGCGGUUUCAAGAUUCUCUCCUUGGUGAUCACCUUCUGGGGCUUUGGUUCUUAUAUUUAUGGCAAUGCCAAUGUAAGUAAUAAGGCCUCUUCAUGAUCAUCUCUCAAUAAUACAUGUUAUAUGUUUUAGACCAUACCA